AUGACCGAAGGAGAUGAUGAUGAGACUAGAAGCGAAGCCGGGGAAGAGCCAAUUCUCUGUAUCAACAACUGUGGUUUCUUUGGAAGUGUGGCAACCGGAAAUAUGUGCUCCAAGUGCUACAAUGAGUUCUCGACGAACAACAAUGUUUUGGCACCAUCGGUUUGUGCUUCGAGCUCAAGCGAGCCUGUAGAAGAGAAGGCAAAGGAGGGGCCAAACAGGUGCAGCACUUGCAAGAAACGGGUUGGUUUGACUGGUUUCACUUGUCGGUGUGGGAACCUCUUCUGCUCUGUGCAUCGUUAUUCGGAUAAGCAUCACUGCUCAUUUGAUUACCGGAGUGCGGCACAGAAUGCAAUCGCCAAAGCGAACCCUGUUGUUAAGCCUAAAAAUUGUUUGGAGACAAAGUUAAACAACCAUGAUGGUGGUGCUUGUGAUUGGGGAUUGAGCUCGAGCUCUGGAGAAGCAAAGGCAAAGGAGGAGCCAAACAGGUGCAGCUCUUGCAAGAAACGGGUUGGUUUGACUGGUUUCACUUGUCGAUGCGGGAAUCUUUUCUGCGCCGCGCACCGCUACUCGGACAAGCACGCUUGCUCGUUCGAUUACCUGAGGGCGAACCAGGACGCAAUCGCCAAAGAAAACCCUGUUGUUAAGGCUAAAAAGCUUGAUAAGAUCUAG